ACCUGUUCUGUGUCCUCAGAGCUGGUUCUGACGCCUGAGGAGCUGAAGAGCCUCCAUGAGUUUGAGGAGCAGUGUGUGGAGGAGCACUUCAGAGAGAAGGAGGACCAGAAGCAGUCCUCAAACAACGAGCGGAUCAGAGUCACAUGUGAGAGAACCGGACCAACAAAACUGGGCCAGCAGAACCAGGCUUUCAUUCCCUUAAACUCUGGACCGGCUCUGAAAGUCCUCUGUUGGACACAUGAUGGGUCCUCCUCCCUGGUCCUCCUCCCUGGUCUUCCUCCCUCCUCCUCCCUCCUCCUCACUGCGCCUCCUCCUCCCCUCAGGGUGGAGAACAUGUCCAUGCGUCUGGAGGAGGUGAACGAGCGGGAGCAGUCCAUGAAGGCCUCCCUGCAGACGGUGGACCUCCGCCUGGCCCAGCUGGAGCAGAUUUCCGGCCGGAUGCUGAACGCCGUGGAGCUGCUGGCCGGCGUGGACCGGGCCGAGCUGGUCCAGUCCAGGUCCAGAGCCUCCUCGGUCUGCGAGCCGGCCUCUCUGCUGCGGCACGGCAGCAUCAGCAGCGCCGACGGCUACAGCCUGUACCGGUUCCACCUGGACCUGGAACGGGACCGGGUCCACCUGGAGCCGGACCAGAACCACUCAGAGCCGGAUAAGAUCCACCCGGAGCCGGACAACAGCACGCCGGCUGACCUGGAGACCAUGAAGGUCCCC